AUGUCAUUAACCGAUAUAGAUGUUUACGAAGAUCCCAUAUUAAAAUUGGCACAGGAUCCAGGUUUAAAUAAAGAAAAAGAGAAAACAAAAGAAUUAAUAAAUAUAAUACAUGGUUUUCCAUUAACAGAACGGAAAGUAUCCAAGCUAUGCCAAUUAUCAUUAACGAUCCUACAAAGCUUAGAGAAGAUAGAAUUAAAUUUAAAGAAUUGGGCAUUUCUUUCGUUAGAUAUUAACUCAGAAAACCAUUUUAAUAAGGAUAGUGAUGUUGAUAUCAAGAAUUUCAAUAAUAAUAUAUCGUUGAAAGUAUUAAAUAAUUGCAAUGAAUUUAACAGAAAAUUAAAUAUUAUAUCCGUCGAUCUCGACUAUAUCACCAAAUCGCUGAGGACGCUAACUCCGUUAGAGUAUAUUCUGGAUAGUGGAACACUAUUGACGUCGUUAACAUUAAGAAGCAUCCGACUUAAGGAUGAAAUAUCAGACAAGAUAACAAUUGCAUACCUGAAAGCCAAAUUAAUAACAAUAGGAACUGAUUUAGAAACAAUGUUGGAAGACGAUGAAGAUAAUUCAACGGCAGUAACAUAUAAGAACUUUGUUGUUAGUUUAUUAAAACAAUUGAACAAUUCGAUAGAAAUGGAAGAUAUUUCUGCUAAAUAUGAAUGCUUGGCAGUUAUCAAUGAUAUGGAACAAAUGUUCAAUGUUUAUAAAUUAGACAGAAUACAACAAAUGACUUUAUAUGAGAAAUCUAAACAAAACGAUGAGGAGCUCCUUCCAAUAGAUAAGGAAUUAGUCAGUACUGUUUUAAAUAAGUCGGGUCACACGGAAAAUGAUAUUUCAGACUAUGACGAUGAUGAUUAUGAUUAUGAUUAUGAUUCUGACUUUGUUUCCUCAUCAAUGUAUUCGUCAUCAGCACCCUUGCAUAAUCCUCCACUUAUUCGCUCAAUUACUAAGUCUCAACAAAUGAAACCUUCGCAAUCACCUCCUAAGCAAUCCUCGAAUUUCGGAAGAAGAGAUUCAGUAUCAUCGUUAUCAACGUCUGCUUUUCUUCAAAAAACUUCAUUAUCAGAUGAGUUACCAUAUUUAAUGUCUGCAUUUGAUCUGGCAAAGAAUUUUGAAGAGGACGUUAGUCAUUUCAAAAAAAGAGACGAAAACGACAUACCAAAAAAGAAAUUAAAGAAAGAACAUAAUAUGAAAAAUUCUCAAGCUAUAGAGAUCAAUGGAGAACCAUCUCGUGAAAAACAAUUUCCUAGUCGUAAAUCAAAAUUACCAAACGGUUCCUUGUAUGCUGAAAGUACACUAUUAUCUAAACCUCCUUUAUCAGAUGCAAGCUCAUAUCUUUAUGCCAAUAAUUCGUUGCUAUCUAAAUUAGGCAUAAGACCCCAAGUUAUAACUACUGAAAUGCCAUCUAAGGAAUUAUCUAACAAUACAACCAUAAACAUAAAGCAUAAAAUAGAUAAAGGACCUCAAUUAUAUGUUGAAGAUACAGAAAAAAAUGGCAAGGAUAAAGAAAAUAGAAAAGUAUUUAAUCCUUUAACUAUAGCAAACCUAGAAAGCCACAGUUUUUCAGACCUUCUUGCGGGCAAUGCUGAUGAUUCUGUUGAAUAA